CUAUAUUCUAUGACUUAUUUGGCAAAAACUUAAUAAUUUAUAUAUUCCUUUUUUCAAGGUCCACCUGUGAGCUCUUCUCAGUAUCCUGCUACUGAAAAUCAACAGCAAGAAAAGUCCUGGUUUGAACCCACUGGCACCGCCAAUCUUCCUUGAUUGUUUCGGGUUGAGCAGUUUUGGGAUUGGAUAUGAAGCCCGUUCUAUUGGUUCUGCUUUCUCUACAUCUCCUUCUGGUGGAAGUGUCAACUAAACAACGCUCAAAAAUGUUCAAGUCAGGACAUCAGCGGCUUUUAUUGGAAAAACAAUUGAACAAAACUGACAUCAACUUGUGCGAUAUCAAAGGAAACUCGGAACAGAUACAUUGCGUCUGUUCGGAGGGAUGGCCUCCUUUCAACAGGACACGGGCGGAGUGUUGGAUCUUUUCUGAAAUUGCACGGGACAACAAUGUUUGGCACUUGUUCUCCACCCAACCAUGGCUGAAAUCGUUAAAAAUGAUGAUAAGACCAGAAGUGAAAUUUUUUCAUCUACCUAAAAUAAUAUUCACCUAUUUGAACAAACUCGAAUAUUUGUCAAUUGUAUAUGGGGUCAUUGAAGAGCUACCCUCAUAUGCUUUCGCUGAAUCCACAACUCUGGCUGAAGUUGUACUCUCAAGCAACCAUAUAGAAAAACUGUCAGCUCAUUGCUUCUACAACAUGCCUUCUUUGACUUCACUCCAACUGGACGAUAACAAGAUCGAAGAACUCCAUAAGGAAAUGUUCAUGAAAUUACCCAUCCUGACAAAACUUGUUCUGAGUAGAAAUAAUAUUUCCAUCAUCCAAGAUGGAACCUUCGCCCACUUGACGCAACUGGAGGAACUCUAUCUUGACAAUAACAGGAUACGGGCAUUGAACCGAAUGAUCUUCAUGGAACUCGGCCACUUGAAGAUGCUCAUGUUGGGUAGCAACAAGAUUCGUAACAUAGACGAUUUAACUUUCGAACAACUUUGGGAGGUCGUGGUUCUGGAUCUUGACCAAAACGAGCUGAAGUUUCUAUCAGAACGUGCUUUCUCUGGACUGAAUAGCUUGGAGGAAUUAAUCCUCAGCAACAACUACCUUACGACACUACCACACGGACUAUUCGCUGAUAAUACAAGGAUAAAAUACCUCAACUUGAGGAAUAAUGACCUGAAAACAUUGUCGUACAACACUCUCAGUCCUGUGCUCAAUAACAUCAUCAAACAUUCUAGCGGCGAUUUAAUUAUAACAGAUAACAAGCUAGUGUGUGACUGCCACCUGAAUUGGGUUAUUCGCCUGUACAACGAGACGCAAUGGGAAAUGAUUAAGAAUAUUCUCCAGGCUUUCACGUGUACGACACCGGUUAAGGGUCUUUCACAAACCGCAACAAUUCCAACCCUAGGAUCCUACAUCGCAGGUUCAUCCGAUUCAGCAACCAAUGAUGGGAUAUCCGGUGUCAGACUCCUCCUUAAGAAGACCCGUCACCGUGGUCAAAGGAACGUCACUGUUGUCAAUAGUCCGGAGAAAUUCGAGUGCCCGAAAGAAGAACGUCAGUUCGAAAUAGAAGGUCAAAUGGUUCGGUCUGCUGCAAGUCUAUCUGACAUCAAAGGAACUUUCGCUUAUAACCUUAUCCCCAUAUAUAUCAAUAUGUUUUCGAUCAAGCUUUUCUUUAAUUAGAGAAGUUUUAAUGAUGCGCUGCCAGAGGACGAGAACUGAUGUUCUCUGACAUCAUUAUUUUACGCAAAAAAAUUGCAUCCGGGAAUCAUAACACAGAAUUCAGAAUGGAAUAGGGUAGAGUGCUAUUAGGUUAAUACCUCAGAGGAGAAGUUCAGUGUAUAUGGAUUUUCAUGGAAUUUCAUGCAUAAUAUUGUGGUAAUGCUCUCCAAAAAUGUUUAAACGCUUCAACUCAUAGCAUUCAGUGCGAACAGCUCAUGGAGAUUUUCAAUAUAUGAACAUACAUACAUAAUAAUCAUUCAGUAACAUAAAAUCGAAAAUUAUCCAUAUUUUUUUCAAAUAAUCCACCAGAAUUGGACCAGUUUGGGUUCCACAAAAGUCGACACAAUUGGUGUCUGC